AAUACAAAACAAAUAAAAAAUAAUGAAAUUUCUUGCAAUCGAAGGAACUUUGUUUCUUCAUCAUCAAUCAAGAAAACUCGAUAUUUAUAUCUUGAUUUCAAUUCUUUCUAUCACCCAAUAAAAGGUCCUAUUUUGUAUUUUUCGUUUUCCCAAACGAUUAUCUCUAUGGAUCGUGAAAUUUCUUUUGCUGCAGAUCCAGGAUCAACGGCGGCGGCAAUGACGGCGGCGGUCAAGACUGGCAGUUCAGCGACUGCUUUAGCACCUGGGUUUAGAUUCCACCCAACAGAUGAAGAGUUGGUUAGCUAUUAUUUGAAAAGAAAAGUUCUGAACAAGCCCGUCAGGUUUAAUGCUAUUGCUGAAGUUGAUAUUUACAAGCAUGAACCUUGGAAUCUUUCAGACAAUUCAAGAUUGAAAACCAGAGACCUGGAAUGGUAUUUCUUCAGUUCAUUGGAUAAGAAGUAUGUGAAUGGGGGAAGAAUGAAUAGGGCUACAAACCAAGGAUAUUGGAAGGCGACGGGUAAGGACCGAGAGGUCCGUCACAAUUCACAGCUUAUUGGGAUGAAGAAGACGUUAGUCUUCCAUAGUGGGAAAGCUCCCGAAGGAUUGCGAACUAAUUGGGUUAUGCAUGAGUACCGACUCGUUGAAGAAGAAUUAGAAAGGAUUGGAGCAUUGCAGGGUUAUGUGCUAUGUAGAGUAAUACAUAAGAAUAAUAUCGGACCACCAAAUGGAAACCGAUAUGCACCUUUCAUUGAGGCUGAAUGGGAUGAUGAUUCAACCACUUUGAUUCCUGGAGUAGACACCAAGGAUGAUCUUGUUGCUGUUAAUGAUUCGAUAGUUGGCAAUGAUGUGGCAGCUGUUGAGAAUGCAGUGAUCGGAAGCAACAAUGUUCAAAGGAUAGGUUCAGAGCAGGACAUUCAGUAUCUGGAUGGGGAUGCUCCACCUAGUGAUGAAGUUCCGAGAGACUCGCCAAAUGACAGAACGGAUGACCGUAUUUUGUUACCUCCAUGCAAGAUUGACAGAUCACAUGAUUGUCUGCCGCUAUGCAUUCAUAAUCGAGAUUCACCCUUAUCUCUAUCCCGAUACAAGAGAAGGCAGGAUGAUGAUUCAGCAGCUAAAGGAACUCCAACGUCUCCAUCAUCCGCCAAAAAAAGGGCAAUUUCCACACUCUUGGGAUUUUCGUUGAUGGAAUCUAUCGAGCCGAAAGAGAAUCCUUGUGUUCCUCCACCAAAAUUCGUCACAAGUAGUCUAGAAUCUGUAGUUCCUCCUGGUUGCAUGGAACUUAUAAGGGAAUUGCAAAACGAGGUCCACAAAAUUGCCAAGGAGAGGGAUACAUUGAAGCUUGAACUGAUGAGUGCUCAAACUAUGAUCAGCAUUCUACAGUCAAGAAUCAAUUCACUUAGCAAUGAAAACGAGGAUCUAAAGAGUACCAACCGGGACGUGUAGCACGGAGAGCCUAGGUACUUUUCUGGCGGAUGGAUUUCCUUAUCGUUACCCUUAUUCAUGUGUGGAUUAUUGUUCACUGGCACGGUUUUAGAAUUCAGAUGACAUUGGCAUUUGGUUUGUUGAUGAAUGUUGUAACUUUCCUCCUUAUGUAAUAGCUGGUUGAUGAAGGUUCCUCCUUAUGUAA